UGGAAGUAGCUAAGUGAAAAAGUUAUGAAUUUUCAGACAAGUUGCUGUCGCAUUUGCUUAAAAAGUGAGUUGUUAAUGUCUAUAUACCUUUACAGCCCCACUUUUCCAUUGAGGCCUAUUGAAAUAGUAGAAAAGUUGAAUAUAUUCAAGUAUGAUGAAACAUUGCCCACGCUCCUAUGUCAGUCAUGUUUGUACCGACUACUGGACGCAUAUAACUUGCAACAACUUGCUGAAGCAUCCGAACGCCGAUUACGUGAAUAUAUAGGGAAUGGCACUGCUAGUGGCAGCCUGGGGAUAUGUGGAAUUAGCUCAAAUACAAUAAAUCAGGACUCCUCAUGCUUUUCUUCAACUGCACCAAUUGGCGAUACCUGCAAGGAUGUUGGUGGUACUUCUGCUAUUUAUAGCAAUAUUUGCGACAUGUUCGAACGCAGUAAUAUGCAGUCGAAUAAUGAAGUAAUUAACGAUAAAGUGUGCGCAGUGGCGGGCGAAGACAUGCUAAAUGAUAUCGAAAUUGACGUCAGCAGUUUGACACGAUCUGAAGCCAAUGAGGAUACAUUGAAUGAAGUUUUCGCAAUCAAACAUACGCAGUUUUGUUUAAAUAGAGAAAACAACUUGAAAACCGACGUUACUAGGGACCUAGCUAAUUCGCCACCUUCCAAGGCCAAUAUCGAUGUGCCAUUGAACGAAAAGCGUUUGGAAUGCAGUAAACAUUCUAAAAACUCCAACCUCGUUGAAAUAACCAAAUUGCAAUCAAGGGAAAAAACUUUCCAUUGCAAGCAAUGUCCACGACAGUUUAAGCAAUCUAGCAAUUUACUUAUACACCAGCGUACACAUAGCGGCGAAAAGCGUUUUCAAUGUGAAAUUUGUGCAAAUUUCUUUACCACAUCCAGCAAUUUGAAGGCACACAAGGCAACACAUUUAGAGCAACGUGAAUACCUUUGUGGCCAAUGCAAUCGAGACUUUAAAACACUGCGUGAAUUGCGCCGUCACGAACCUGUGCAUAAAACGAUAAAGGACAAUGUGUGUGGAAAGUGUCAGAAGGCAUUCACAAAACGGAGUUAUCUAAUGGAGCACAUUGCGGCGAUGCAUCGAGACAUGCGCCGGCACAAGUGUGCCGAUUGUGGCAAAUCAUUUGGCAGGCGAUCAAAUUUGGUUUCCCACAUACGUAUUCACUCAGGUGAAAAGCCUUUCCAAUGCAAAUUUUGUGAAUGGAAAUUUAAUCAAUCAUCCACCUUGGCCCGCCAUAUGAAAAAACACUCUUCUAAAAGCGAAAAACUCAACUUUAAUUUUAAAACUACAGAGUUAAAAAAAUCAACACUGGUAGACAUCUUGCGAACACCCGAAGCGAUUGCACCGGACGCCGUUGACAUGGAUGAUAUAGAUAUUAACGCUCAGAGCAACUUUAACGUUCUAAAUAAUUUAUCCAGUUUGAGUGACAUACAUUGCAUGAGCAACGACGGCUUAAAUACCGAACUUGAAAGCACAGCAAUUACCGAAGUUGGUGACGAAAAGGAGGCAUUACAAAAUAAUGGAGGAUAUGACUUUACGAAGAACGACAUUUUGGAUUUCUCGACAAAUCAUGUAGUUUGUUAG